AUGUCUGAGUUAAAAAAUCGCGAGGAGAUUAAAGUAUUUCGAGAAUAUUUACAGAUCCCGACUGUUCAUCCAGAUAUCGAUUAUGAACCAGCAAUCAUUUUUUUAAAACGAUUGGCGGCUGAUAUUGGUCUUCCGGUUCAAGUAUGCUAUCCAAAAAAUCCUAAAAAGCCAAUUUUAUUGAUGGCUUGGCCCGGCACAGAUCCUAAUUUGGAAAGUAUCUUUUUGAAUUCACACAUGGAUGUUGUGCCAGUUGAUGAAGCAGCAUGGGAUCAUCCACCAUUUGCAGCACACAUGGACGACGAAGGAAAUAUCUAUGCCAGAGGGACACAAGAUGUGAAGUGCUUGGGCAUUCAAAACUACUUCGCAAUUAAAGAGUUGAUAAAAGAAGGCUUUAAACCCUUGCGAACUGUUUAUUUAUCGUUUUCUUGUGAAGAAGAGAAAGGCGGAGAAGAAGGCAUGAUGGAUUUUGUUCGUACGGAAGAAUUUAAACGAUUAAAAGUUGGUUUUGCCAUGGACGAAGGAGGUUGUUCUCCAGAGGAACGGUUUCCUGUAUUUUUUGCGGAACGCAGUACUUGGUAUGUCACUUUCAAGUGUAACGGCACCCCUGGACACGGUUCUUUGCUGCAUAAAAACACGGCUGGCGAGAAACUCAACUUUAUCAUCUCGAAAAUGAUGAAUUUCCGUGCGCAUGAGAUCGAGCGUCUGGAACGGCAUCCCGAGAUGUUGGUUAGUAACGUUACUACAGUUAAUCUCACGAUGGUUUCUGGGGGUCUCCAAGCCAACGUUGUCCCGUCACAACUUUCGGUAACUUUCGACAUGCGUAUCGCAAUCGAUGUUGAUCAUCAAAAGUUGGAAGGGCAACUUCGUAAAUGGUGCGAAGAAGCAGGUGAAGGCGUCGAACUGGUGUUCGGUGAAAAACGAGAAUAUGUCGCGCCAACGAAAUGCGAUGAGGACAACCGUUAUUGGUGUGCUUUCAAAGCAGCAGUUGACGAGAUGAAGUUGCGCGUUGUUCCUGUUAUUGCUCCUGGCGGCACAGAUAGUCGCUACAUUCGAGCUCUGGGCAUUCCGGCACUCGGAUUUACGCCAAUUAAUCACACGGCAAUCCGCUUGCAUGACCAUAAUGAGUAUCUCGGUGCCGAAACGUUCCUCAGAGGCAUUCAAAUUAUGAAGAACGUGAUUAAAAAAGUAACAUCUGUAGAGUAAUUCGCUUAUCUAAUCACGAAC